AAGGGCGAUUUUUUUUUGUGGUAAACGAUAAUCAUAUAUACUUCUUGUUGCCACAAAGCCAUAUGGCAUGCCAGUCAGACGCAGUUUGGAUAUUUUGUGCUUGUAUCAUGUGUGAUAUUAAACGAUGCCUCCAGAGGGGGUACGGCAGACUAAACUGUACCUCAGUUUGACAGCAUCACUGAAAUCAACUAGGUGCCCAGUUCAUUUGUUUUGGUUUAAAUGGUUUCUCGUCUCUAAAACUAAUAUAAUACGCAGUUGUAACACUAGGCCUAGUUUGUCGUUGCUAACGUUAGCUUGCUAGCGAGCGCGUUACCGACGCAGCUUUAAUUCUACAGCACCCUGGCUACGCACUAAACAGUCUCUGAGUUAACCCGUGCAUUUCAUCCCGUUAACAAACAGAAUCCAGUAGCCUACCUCAGGCCUGUGUAUCCAGAGAGCCAGCACUGCUACAUUCAAACAGAUAACUUGAACAAAUACCAGUAACAGGAGGAUGGCAGUGAAUGUUUAUUCCACCUCGAUGACCAUAGAGAACAUGAGUAGGCAUGACAUGCUGGCCUGGGUGAACGACUCUCUACAGCUCACCUACACCAAGAUAGAACAGCUCUGCUCAGGUGCUGCAUACUGCCAGUUCAUGGACAUGUUGUUUCCUGGAUGCAUACUACUGAAGAAGGUGAAAUUUCAGGCCCGUCUGGAACACGAGUUCAUCCACAACUUCAAAGUUCUGCAGGCUUCAUUCAAGAGAAUGACUAUUGACAAGAUCAUUCCAGUGGAGAGACUGGUGAAGGGAAAGUUUCAGGAUAACUUUGAGUUUAUUCAGUGGUUUAAAAAGUUUUUCGAUGCCAACUAUGAUGGAAAAGAGUAUGACCCUCAACAAACAAGACAAGGCCAGGAGGGGACCCCGUCACCCAACCCAGGUGAACUCAUUUCCCACAAACCUAAACGACAUUCCCGCCCCCCAGGUCCUCAGAGGACAUCUCCCACUGCAAACAAGCCUGUCCCCAACCCCCCACGGCAGAUCAACAAUGUCCCCACCGUCCCACGGCAGGUCAACAAUGUCCCCAUCAAGAGGGCAGUGCCCAUCCGCAAUGGAGGAGACGCCGAGAUCAUAGAACUCAACCAACAGCUGCUGGACCUGAAGCUGACUGUGGACGGUCUGGAGAAGGAGAGAGAUUUCUACUUCAGCAAACUCCGGGACAUCGAGCUGAUCUGUCAGGAGCAUGAGAAUGAAAACAGCACUACACUCAGCAAGAUCAUGGAUAUACUCUACGCUACAGAGGUAUUGACAAACAAAGAGGACGGCUUUGCUCCGCCAGAGGAUGAGGACGUUGUGGACUCACCAAAGGGGGAUCCGGAGGAGUACUGAGCAGCCUGAUGUCUGCAGCUCUCCCUCUACCACUCCAUCUCUCUCUCUGACUCACCCAUUCACUGUUCUCACACACCCCUCUUUUUAUGUACACCCCUUCCCCUUUCCCCUAUGCCGUAGUCCUUAUGCACUACAUUCUGACAAUGUUGUACAGUGCGGUGUGCUAGUGUAAGAUGCUAACCCUAGACCUGUCUGGACCAUGUCAGCCCUGUGUGGCUACACUGCAUUCUAAUGUAAGAGGGGGUAGCUAUCUGUGUCACGGUGCUAGCCAGUUGAGGCGAACUAAGGGGCAUGUUAGUUUGCAUGAGUGUGGUUCGCCCUGUGAGGUCAAUGUAACUGAGUACAGGGCUUCACACCACUUGGAGCCGAAAACCAAGAGCGCCACCUAUCUGCAAAGACAUGUCACUCCUCCUCCAGUCACACUGAUACCUGCUUACACGUGUUCACACGUGUUCACAUGCACACCUCCGCUGCGUACAUUCUGAGAACAUGUCCUGCAUACAUGUGAAUAUACAUAUCAUACACUACAUUCAUGCACACUCAGAGGCAAUACACGCUCUGCUGAGAGUGCAUCAGUGAGUGAGUUCACUCCAUUCUGACACAGCAACACCACAUUCGCACUCAUCAAGUUGUUUGCUGGAGUAAGUUUGUUUUUAAGGCUUGUCAACAGCCUGUUUACUAGACAGCAUGAUGUUUUGGCUCUUUAUGGUUUCAGUUUUUGCAGAAUUUGGGGAUUUGGGGUUGGGGUGGGUUCCUUGCACUAACUGUAGCAAAACAAACCGAUCAGAAGAUUCAGAAUGCCAACAUGCAGUACCUGGCUAAGGCCAAACGACGAAAGACGCAAUUCUAUUUUUUUAAAUAAUUCUUAUCCUGCAGAGUCGCAUUUGCGUUGAAUGGCUAAACUGGCUGUUAAGAGGAGUCAAUGUGAAACUUAUUUAUUCAGAAGUGAAGGCCAACACAAUGUCUGGCUCUUAAAUUACAACAAGGAACAAAUGCAAACUCAAAUCUACACAGAGGCUAUAAUGCUAAUAAUUGAAAAUGUAUUUAUUGAGUCGAGAAGUUUCUAGCUGCUAUUUUUAUUUUGAGUUGCCGUAUUUAAUUUAAUUGAGUUUUGAUAUGUUGCACAGCGUUAAAACGCCCCAGUGGUUGCCUAGUAACAGGAGAUGUGGUUUGUUAUGAUUGACAGCCCUGAUUAGUGAGAUUUCGGUGAUUUAACAGAAAUUGGGUCAACGGGAGGAGGUACGAGCCCUUUGUGGUCAUUCACUCCUUUCUCACCCCUCGUGUUGCCAUGGCAGCCAUGUGAUAAACAUACAUCAUAUGGAGUUUUAUUACUGAAACAAAAUAAAAAUGUGGGGUUCAAACCCAAUCAGA